AUGAGCCACCCAGAUGGUUCCGGCAAAGCGGGAUCAUCCAUUACGCAUGCUAUGGCUUUGCACAUGAUAAGCAAGGCCUCUUUGCUUGCAGGGCACUCAACUCAACAGCAAAACAAUGGAAGUGGGUCAGUAGGCAACUUCUCCGAUACGCUAUCAAACAUUAGUGGGUUUGCUGCGAGCGCUGCCGACAAUUCAGUGAGAAAUGGAGCUACGGUGGCCGCCUCUGUCGGUAAUCAUGAGCGCCACGGCCCCGUGUGGAUCGCUCUAUUGAUAUGGCUAAGCUUCAUCUUGGUGGUUAUUUUUAUCAUCGCGCGCUUCGUGCUUUGGUGCCUGAGCUCGCGCCGAGCCGCCCGUGCGGGCUACAACGAAAUUUGGGAUGGGGUAGGUUACAGUGGCAAUCGAUCUGCCAUGGCAGCGACGGAUGGCGGAGCUCCUUCAAGCACGAGAACCAGCGUAGUAGGAAACGCUUCUCGGCAGCAGUUUCGUCAUUCGCGGCAGAAGGCUGCGAGACGCUCGUACGGGACAGAAAACCCUUCAGCCGAGGUGGAGGUGUGA